AUGGCAUCCACAUCUUCCACAAAGCACCACCAUAUCAAGGAUACCCCGCUGUCAGGCUGCGGCUGCAUCGACUGCAUCAUGAGCCUGCCUUGGCUCCCUGCUGUUCCUCCAGAGCAGCAGCAUGACAAUGGUCUCCUUCCGUCUGCGGCUCCCGUGUCCCGUAUCCCUGAUGGGAUCUUGGGUUCCGCUCAGAAUGCGACCAAGGAAAUGGUGGCCCAACUGCUGAACAAACAGAACAACAGCGAGGCCGACCACGAAGCUGGCCAACGCAUCACCACCCGCGAUAGGACUGUGUCCUACCAGGCGAACAACCCAGACGAGGUGUGCCGCUACUUCAACACCGGGAUCGACUGCGCAUCCUGGCUCAGCCACUGCCAGCGCGCGCACAUCUGCUCGAAUUGCCAGAGCACCACUCAUGGCGCGCACGGUUGUACGUUCAAUCCCAGCUCACUCAUCAAGGGCAGCUACAUGACCAGCGCCAACCCCACCCCGACCAGCCACCAGCAGCCUCUUGCUCGCGAACAGGUGGUGAUGUGUGCCACUUCCCCACCGGAUGGCCCCCUCUCUACAACCACCAACCUCGUCACUAUCCCACAAGCCCUCACCGCCGCAGAGCUGACCAUGUACCCCAUACCUCCGCCUCGCGCCCCCUUCAGCGACCCCCGCACCGGCAUGCCCAUGUACUUCGUCCCCACGUCCUUCAACCCGUCCUGGAUCUCCAGCGACACCACACCAAACAGACCCACCCGCAUCUGCGAGCUCCACAACAGGACCUCAGGCUGCACAUGGAGCGAAUGCCACCGCCAGCACAUCUGCUCCAACUGCCACUCUCCCAACCACACGCUCCCCGCGUGCACGAACUACCCGAACCAUGUCUGCGAGAAGUUCAACUCCGAGUGCGGAUGUCUAUUUUUGCACUGCCAGCGGCGCCAUGUGUGCAGCAACUGCCAUAGUUCCGCGCACAGCGUGUUCCUGUGCUCGAACUACCCCGACUUUGUGUGUGAGAAGUUCAAUGGGACGGCUGGGUGCUUGUGGGUGGGGUGCAAGCGGAGGCACGUUUGCGGGAAGUGUGGGAAGGAGGGGCAUGGGCAGGCGGUUUGUGAGGGGGUCUGA